CGCUACAAGGAAGUUGAGCUGUCAAUUGAUUCCAUGUGUUACUCAAGUGGUCAUUCUUUUGCAGUUUAAGUAGCAUAAAGCUAGAACUAAGAGUAAAUCGCAUUGGUAGAAACUUACCGUUCUUAUUAUAUUUGUAUUUCGUUCAAGUCAGGCUAUUAUGAGAAGAAAUCCAGAUGUUACCUCCAUAUAUAAAAGAGCAUAAAAUAUAUAUACAUAUAUAUGUAAAGUGAAUAAUGAUAAAAGAAAUAAUGGCUGUGUUAAUAGUGACUCUCCUGCUGACUCAAGUGAUGCACGUUCACGGGAAAUUGACCGUAUUGCGUGGACCGCAGUAUCACGGCUUAAGGGAAUUGUUAUGCGUUUCCGAAGAUGAUGGUAGUGCCUUAGCGUGGAACAUCAAACAUGAAAAAUAUACCUACAACAUAUUUAAAUAUUAUCCGAAUAAGGACCGAUUUUACAGUACCUGCAAAUUUAGGGCAUCCAAUGACUGCGAAAUGAACAGGGACGAAAGCUGUUUGAAAUUGUGGGACAGAGAGCAUUGGGAGCUGACAUAUAGUAUGGACACACCUAUGGGUGCGGUAUUUGAUCAACGAUGGGAAGAAUUUCAAGAAAUAGAAAUGUGGGCUUCCAUAGGUUAUAUACAAAUAAACGAAUUUCCGACAAGUGCAUUAGUAUUUUCCGUUGCGUUUUCGGUUCGUGCGAAAAAAGAUGUGCACAUAUGGAUUUGCAGUAAAGAGAAUACUUCUUGCCACUUCGCUGUAAUAGGCGCUUAUAACAAUACGAGAUCUGUGAUUCGAAAAUGUUCGAUAGACAAACUUCAGUUUCCAACAUAUGACAAGGAAGACUCGGAAUGUAAAAUAGAACGUGACUCUAUAAACCACACAGCAUUAUCUCAGUACGAAUGGCGGACCUUUGUCCUUACGUGGGAUUAUGUAAAGCGGAAGAUAUCCCUUUAUGAUCCCGACCAAUUAAUUAUGACAUAUGCGGAUAUGGAAAAGUAUAAUUACUCAACAAUCUCUUACGAAAUGUACUUCUCAACAGACAAAAGCACGUUUAUUCGAUUUCACAAAUACCAUUUCCUUCACACGCGUAAUCAUAAGGCAACUUUAAAGAGCCCGACGUUUCUUUUAAGAGAUAAUGUAACAUGUAUACAACUGCUGAUCGGUCUUUGCUCAGUAUGCGAUGCAGAUAUAGUCCUGCGCGAUGCUAUAAAUCAUAACGUGCUAGGAUUGGCAACGACAAAGGGCUCGUCGGUUUCCGCCGCUCAUGAACUGCCCAUGUGGCAAUCCGUUAAAGUCGACAGAAAUUUAUCGACGCCCAGUUAUAAUAGAGCAAAGAUCGAGGUCAUCCCGAGGUUGAGUCUACCCAUCUUUAAUCCUCUGUGGGCCAUAGCGAAUGUUCGCGAAUGUCGUCCUAAGGGAUGUUUAAAAAUGAGCACAAAGGACAUUUAUAGCGAUCGAAUUUAUCGAUAUAUGAUUAACUUAACUUGCCAAAAAUUAUUUUACGAAGAACAAUCUGUCGUGAAUCCUUUAUCGAGUGUUAAAUUAAAUGCGGAAUUGGAUGAUGAAAAUUGUAAUUUCGGAUAUAUUGGACCGCAAUGUUCGUUUGAGUGUCACAGUAUGCUGUGGAGUGCUGUAAACUGCAAGGGAACUGCGAUUUGUCAUAAAAAUGGUUGCACUUGUUCACCUGGGUUCAUGGGAUCCAAUUGUAACCAAUCUUGUAGUGAAGGUUUCUAUGGCCAUGCCUGUAAAAAAAGAUGUGGCUCGUGUCUUGAGGAUAAACCGUGUGGUAUAACUGGAGUUUGCCCUACCGGGUGUAAAAAUAUAGGAAAGUACACUUACUUACCUCCUUUGUGCCAAAAAGGUAUUGAUAAACUGGACAAACCUGAAAUCACCUUUACGAAUCAGACAACUAUUGUAGCUACUGUUCCAAUUAAGUGGGAAGAGGAAUACGAAAAAGAAGAACUUUUUUAUAUAUUCCGUAUAAAAUCACCGGAUGAGCAAUUCGUGCAACAAAUAUCGGAGAAAAUAUCAAACAAGUCCACAAAAUUAAUAGGCAGAUUCAAAAACUUGCAACCAGACACAACUUAUCAAAUCAUGUGCAUUUUAUUCAUUUCUCUGGUGCAAAUAACUAGCGACUGGAAAACUGUGAAAACUGAAUGUAAUCUGCCGUACGCACCUGGCAAUUUCACCUAUUCGUUCAGUAGCAACAGCACAGUCGAUUUAGGAUGGCUUCAUCCUUUGAAGACGUGUGGUCAUCAUCUGCGGUGUUUUCGCAUCACAAUACAAAAAACUUGGUCAAAUUUGAAAAAUAGCUCCUUGCCUGAAAGCAAGACCUACGAGUAUUUAAUAACGCAUUACAUGCGCAAUUAUAGCACGCGGCUAUAUCUGUUGCCGUCCACGCGGUAUAACAUUUCCAUUCAAACUGUGGCGAUAACGAAUGAGUCCAGUCACAUAAAUUCUUUGGAGAUUCUGAUGCCACCAAAUGUAGAUCUAGAUCGUAAGCUGAAGAUUUCCACGCAAUCUGGUUCUAUAAUACAAUUGCAUAUACCGAAUGUACUGAACGAUACGCGCGACAGCAUUACCUACAUUGUGUUAUUGGAAUCCAACAUCUGUGAACAAUUUGCAAAACUGCCAAAAAAUCUUCUAGCGUAUAUAGGCGAGGAUAGGAUAAAGCAUGUUCUGCAAGUUGUCAAGCGUCCGACUGAAGAGCUGGCUAAUACGGUAUUCACGAUGAGUGGAGUUUAUUCUGAAAACUGUCCAUUAGAAAAGGGGGAAUUGUAUGAAAUAAUAAUUAUCAUAACGGAAAUCGACUUUUCUAAUGAGCGUGUUAUAUUCAUGAGAAAAACAUCGUUCUACUUUGGUGAAAGUCCGAAGUAUCAUGAAGUGUGGCUCAUCUGCGUCAUAUUAAUAUGUGCUGCAAUAUUUGCAGUUUUUUACUUUUAUAAAAAAUAGCAAAAAAUAAUAUAUUUAUUUAAGCUUUAAGAUUAACUUAGGGGGACUUAUCACGUAAUUUAUAUUAUUUAUAUAAUCUUGUUUUACGAUAUAAUGUGUCCAGUUUUAAUAAAAAAAAAAAGAGUAAAUCUUUAUACAUAAAAUAUUGUAAAACGCAGUUGUAACGCUAAGUUAACUAACCUGCAUGAACUGAUAUGACCUUCAUGUGUAGGGUGAUUGACAAGAUUGACCCGUCCCAAGAUAAAAUUUAA